AUGUCGCUGGCUCCCAAUAUUUCCCCGACGAGCCCUCCGGUCACCCCAUCACCGCCGGUGCCGGCCGCACCGACCCCAGAGUCAUCGUCGUCGCCGCCGCCGCCGCCUCCGGUGGGCGUACCGCCGGCGUCUUCUCCUCCUCCUCCUCCAAACACAUCGCCACCGCCGCCGCCGACGUCUCCUUCUGGGGGAACGCCCUCACCUCCGCCUCCGACCAACCGGACCCCGUCAUCUCCUCCCCCUCCUCCUCCUUCCACUACUACGUCGUCUUCGGAUUCCUCCAGUUCGAGUUCCGUUUCCACGACCGCGAUUGUGGGGAUCGCUGUGGGUGGUGUGAUCGCCCUGGUCAUCCUCAGCAUUCUGUGCAUCUGUCUCAGCAGGAGAAAGAAACGGCGGGAUCCGUCGACGUUCGAUCACUAUGGAGGUCAUCCGACGCCUCCACCGCGCAUGGGUAGGAAUUUUAUUCUGAUUCUAAACAUUCACCGUAAGAUCUAA